CGACAAUGCGGCCCCUGACCGAAGAUGAGAGCAAGGCGGUCUUCGCCAAGCUUGCGAACUAUAUCGGCAAGAAUCUCGUUCACUUGAUCGACCGUCCCGACGAGACCUACUGCUUCCGCCUGCACAAAGACAGGGUAUACUAUGUCUCGGAGUCAUGCAUGCGCAUGGCCAUCUCUAUUGCUAGGCCAAAUCUCAUUUCACUUGGAACAUGUCUUGGUAAAUUCUCCAAAAGUGGCAAAUUCAUGUUGCACAUCAGCGCGUUAGACUGGUUGGCGCAGUAUGCCAAAUUCAAGGUCUGGAUCAAACCGAACGGGGAGAUGCCCUUCCUGUAUGGGAACCAUGUUGUGAAGGCACACCUUGGUCGAAUAACGGAGGACACGCCGGAACACCAGGGCGUUGUUGUAUAUAGCAUGGACGACAAACCUUUGGGAUUCGGUGUGACCGCACGGUCAACGAUUGACACGAGGAAACUGGAUCCAACGGCUAUCGUGGUAUUCCAUCAAGCUGAUAUUGGCGAAUAUCUUCGAGACGAGGAAACAUUAUUUUAAUGCAAUGAACUGUCCUUCAAUCAUCAACAUGGAUGUAUCGGCGCUAGAACUCACGGUCAAUCCGAUUACUAUCCUCCACGGGUGUAUAAGUAACGUAGAUCUCGACUACCUUAUACUCUACAUAUAUGUUCCCUCAUGUGGCUGUGCAACCUCAGCUGUUUGUGACGUGCAC